GGAUAUCAGAGCAUCAGUUCGGUAAGCGUUUGAAUUCACGAGGUAUGUAGCCCAGCAGUCGUUGCUGGCUCAAGCGGCAGUUUCGUCUUCGUUUCAUUCUCUCUGAUGACUUCGAUACACAGGAAAGUUAGCCUCUUCUAGGCGUGCCAACAUGACUCGGGAUGCGCUGAAAGUGGGCAAAUCGCUGUCAAAUGCGAUUGCCGUCCACAAGAAAUAUACCGUCCAGUCGACCGGCAUCUGGGAGCGUAUUCGCCGCCUUCUAGCCGUCGACCCUACCCGAUCUACCGGUGUCCCAUUGAACCCUCAGUACCGUUGGCCUACGCCAGGAUCUCUCCCCCCGGAAUCGUACGAUGACCCUGUCACUGUUCCUGCCGCUGAUAUCGCCGACAACCCCUACUGGAAGCGAGACACGCGCAGAAACUACCCGAGACUGAGCGUGGUUAACCAGGCGGAUGUUGUGGGUCUCCUCAGCGUAGGAAGCAAGGCCGCACCAAAGGAGGAUGUUCUGCAGAUCGGAGAAGCUGGUCAGAAGCAGCUGGUUGCGGUGAAGCAGGAAGGUGAGGAGCGCGGUCUUGCCGCUCUGUUCGAGAAGGACAAGAAGGGUAUUCAGGGUAUCCUGGGACCUAACGGAUUGCCGCCUCUGCCUGCCAACUUGAACCCGGAGCCGAGAUACAAGCUGGGUGCCGAGCAGGCUUAUCCAGAGAAAUAUCCUUGCCGUACCUUUGUCUAAAUAUAUUCUCUCUCUCUCUCUCUCUUAUUAGGUCGUUUCUCGAAGAAAUCAGUUUAUUAUGUCAUCACAUUGGGACCUCUUGCGCGAGCCAAUCUGUCAUAUUAGAUUUCCUUUCGAACGGCCUCCCUUGUCAUCUGGACUCGGUGGUAUGGUUAUGUAGAUUCUGUGUUAUAUCUUGCAAAUGAGAAUAGUAUUCACGGCUAUAGUGAGUCCUAUCAUUCUAACCACUGGUUCUUGUGCGUGAGGAACAUCUUUAGAAUAUAGGUAGGGGCGGAAAUGUGCGACUUUUCUACCUGUGAAUAUCCAAUCGAACGCUGCGCA